GGGGGGAGGGGGGUAAAAAAAGGGCAGUAAAAAUGAAGCAGCCCUUAAAAACAGCCGACAAAUGAGUGUUUACGUCGGGUGAGAACGGACGCAGCGGACUAUCGUGUCGGUUAACCGGUUAACGGGGACAUAACGGGGGAUUAACGCGGAGCAGGAUUACACCGUCACCGAGGACACUGUGGGGAGAGCAUAAAGCGAGGAUGAGCUGGAAGUUGGGACCGGGGCUACGUUUGUGCAGGCGAACGGAUAUUUAACGCGUUAAGUUCGCCUGCCGCUGCCGCUACCUUCGCCGCCGCCUCUGAAGCGGCGCAGUGUGAAUAUUAACAGGGAGAAUUGUGAGCGAACUCCCGAAGCGAACAAGCAGAGCGGCGGCUGUUCGCGCCGAUGCCCUCGGCGAACUGCAGGCUGCUCCAGCAUGGCCGCGUCAUGAGGUGUCUCACGUAUCUGCUGCUCCUGCCAGAAACAAUCAAGAAGUCCAGGAAGGAGGUGAAGCUGCCGCCAUGCUAUGAGCUGCUGAGCCUGACGGGGGCCAAGAAGAAGCAGAGAGAGGAGGAGGUGCAGGAGGAGGAGGUGAUGGCUGCAGAGCUGUACUGUAACACCAGCCUGUCCAGCGGCAGCGCGGUGGCGGAGGAGGCGAAGGCGAAGGAGGCGGUGGUGAGUCCGGGAGGAGGAGGAGGAGGUGGAGCAGGAGGAGGUGGUGGAGGAGAGGUGACCAUCAGGACCAACAUCAACAACAACAACGUGGAGCCGCAGAGCUGGCAGAGCAGCCACCCGACGCUGAGGGAGAGGAAUGCCUUGAUGUUCAACAACGAGCUGAUGGCUGAUGUCCACUUCAUUGUUGGCCCCUUGGGGGGGUCCCAGAAGGUCCCAGCACACAAGUAUGUGCUGGCCGUGGGAAGCUCCGUCUUCUGUGCCAUGUUUUACGGCGAUCUGGCGGAGGAGGAGUCGGAGAUCCAUAUCCCAGAUGUGGAACCUGCUGCUUUUCUAAUUCUGCUGAAGUACAUGUACAGCGAUGAGAUCGACCUGGAGGCGGACACGGUGCUGGCCACCCUGUACGCCGCCAAGAAGUACAUCGUCCCGGCGCUGGCCAAGGCCUGCGUCACCUUCCUGGAGACGAGCCUGGAGGCCAAGAACGCCUGCGUGCUGCUCUCCCAGAGCCGCCUGUUCGAGGAGCCCGAGCUGACGCAGCGCUGCUGGGAGGUGAUCGACGCCCAGGCCGAGCUGGCGCUGUGCUCCGAGGGCUUCUGCGAGAUCGACCUGCAGACGCUGGAGAUCAUCCUUCGGCGGGAGACGCUCAACACCAAGGAGGUGGUGGUGUUCGACGCCGUCAUGAACUGGGCCUCCGCCGAGUGCAAGAGGCAGGGUUUGGGCCCGACGACCCGCAACAGGAGAGACGUGCUGGGCAAGGCGCUGUUUCUGGUGCGCAUCCCGUCCAUGAGCCUGGAGGAGUUCGCCGACGGGGCGGCGCAGUGCGACAUCCUGACGCUGGAGGAGACGCACAACGUGUUCCUGUGGUACACCGCGGCUAAAAAGCCCCACCUGGACUUCCCCCUGAGUGCGAGGCAGGGUCUGGCGCCGCAGAGGUGCCACCGCUUCCAGUCCUCGGCCUACCGGAGCAACCAGUGGCGUUACCGCGGCCGCUGCGACAGCAUUCAGUUUGCGGUGGACAAGAGGAUCUUUAUCGCCGGUCUGGGGCUCUACGGGUCGAGCGGCGGCAAGGCGGAGUACAGCGUCAAGAUCGAGCUGAAGAGACAAGGGGUGACGCUGGCGCAGAACCUCACCAAGUUCGUGUCGGACGGGUCGAGCAGCACGUUCCCGGUGGGGUUCGAGCACCCGGUUCAGGUGGAGCAGGACGCCUUCUACACGGUGAGCGUCGUGCUGGACGGGAAUGAACUCAGCUAUUUCGGCCAGGAGGGCAUGACGGAGGUGCAGUGUGGGAAGGUGACAUUUCAGUUCCAGUGCUCCUCCGACAGCACCAACGGGACCGGGGUCCAGGGAGGACAGAUCCCCGAGCUCGUGUUCUACGCGUGAGCCGCUCGGGACGCUUUUACGCCUCCCAGCCUUCAGAGAAAUGUAGCAUUCAAGACACUCGACUAAUGUCACACUAAAUGGCCUGGUUAGUUCAGAGAAAGACUAUUUUAAAAAGCCAAGAAGCUGUCCUUUUAUCUUAUUUAAUUUAAUGUUAUUUUGUUUUUUAAUUUAAAUACCGGGUUAACGUUAUUUGCUCUGACGCCUGUGUUUAGGGCUGCGGCUGCUGUAGAAACAACAUUAAUACGGUGAUUUGUGGUUAUGUAAUCAAGCUGAGCUCCACCGCUGGAACAAGUAGGGACCGCUUCUAAUUGUGUAAUUGCAAGUCUAUAUGCAAUGUUGUUACUAUGGUCUAAGCAGCAAUAUGACACCAGGAGCAACCUUUUAUGUAGUGUUAUGAUUCUAAAUGCAAAAAAAAUAAGUAGAGAAAAAGCAGAGUUGUUUUGCACUUCAGAGGACGGCCUCAGAAACAUUGUGUCUUUUGUAAAAGGAUAAAAAAAAAAAAUACAAUUUAACUGUUAGCAGCUUGAUGCUGUUAAAGAUGACCAGAUGUGUUCUGUACAAGAAUGCUUAUACACCUGAUGAUACUACAUAAA